UCUGAGUGUGUCUGGGCUAGACCACAGGGACAGAUCCCAGGUGAAAUACACUUUGAAAAAGAGGAGACCGUGUGUGGUUGUGAGUGUUAAUAGGUGUUUAAGAAAAUGACCAAAAGGCCUGCAUCUAGUCAAAAAGAUGGAAAAGUCGCAGCGAAUGGGCACCAAAAUAGAGCUCAGUCAGAUCCUGGUGGGAAACCGCAGGGUGACAGGAAGGUGGGCCUGGGGAAGAAGGUGACCCUGCUCCGUGGGAUCUCCAUCAUCAUCGGGAGCAUUAUAGGAGCUGGGAUCUUCAUCUCUCCAAAGGGCAUCCUGAAGCACUCAGGCAGCAUAGGAAUGUCCCUGAUUGUUUGGAUCGCUUGUGGUGUGCUGUCACUAUUCGGAGCCCUGUCCUACGCUGAACUUGGCACUUGUAUUAAGAAGUCUGGUGGACAUUACACAUAUAUACUGGAAGCCUUUGGACCUCAGAUGGCUUUCGUAAGGCUAUGGGCUGAUCUUAUCGCUAUAAGGCCUGCAGCGAUGGCAGUCAUCUCUCUGGCCUUUGGUCAGUAUAUCCUGGAGCCUCUGUUCAUGCCCUGUGAUAUCCCCCCUGUAGCUGUCAAACUGGCCACUGCCAUGAGCAUAACUUCUGUUAUGUAUCUGAAUAGUAUGAGCGUGACGUGGACAGCUAGGAUUCAAAUCUUCCUCACCUUCAGCAAGCUGCUGGCCAUCAGCCUCAUCAUAGUGCCUGGAAUGUACCAGCUCUUUAAGGGAGAGACCACAAACUUUGAGAAUGCCUUUGAGCUGAGCAAUGUGAAGCUGUCUGGUAUGCCACUGGCCUUCUACUCAGGGAUGUAUGCAUAUGCUGGGUGGUUCUAUUUGAACUUUGUGACAGAGGAGGUAGAUAACCCUGAGCGGACUGUGCCAUUAGCUAUCUGUAUCUCCAUGGGGAUUGUGACUUCGUGCUACGUGCUGACCAACAUUGCAUACUACACUGUGAUGUCAGCAGAGGAGCUCCUGGCCUCAGAGGCAGUCGCUGUGACGUUUGCAGAGAAGCUGAUGGGGAACUUCUCGAUAGCAGUACCAGUGUUUGUGGCCUUGUCCUGCUACGGCUCCAUGAAUGGCUGUCUCUUUGCCUUAUCAAGAAUGUUCUACGUGGCAUCCCGUGAAGGACAGCUCCCUGAGGUUUUGUCUAUGGUCCACGUUCGCAGACACACUCCACUGGCUGCUGUCCUCAUACUGUACCCUAUGACCAUACUGCAGCUGUUUGUUGGAGACAUCUACAGCCUGUUGAACUUCAUGAGCUUCCUGCGGUGGCUGUUCAUCGGUGUGGUGGUGCUGGGUUUAAUCUACCUCCGCUACACAAAACCUGAUCUUCCCCGCCCCUUUAAGGUCCCACUUUUCAUCCCAGUGGUGUUCUGCUUCACUUGUUUCUUCAUGGUCUUCCUUUCUCUGUACUCGGAUCCCAUCAACACAGGGAUUGGAUUUGCCAUUUCCCUCACUGGCAUCCCUGCCUACUAUAUCUUCAUUUACUUUAACCGCAGACCAAAGUGGCUUCAGAGGGCUUUAGAUUCCUUCAACAGAACCUUGCAGAUCCUCCUGUUAGUUGUCCCUGUCGAGCAAUAACAGCUCACAACCACUACAUCACCUACUUAGAGUAGUUACUGAGCUGAACUCUACCCAAGAGAGUAAAACUGCUGUUGUACCUUCCAAAACUCUUGUAGCACAAAGAUUUAAAGUUAUAAAUGUCUCUGAAUCUGACUUUAUAUAAUGCAUUUUAUUAUGAAUAACAAUUUAUGUUGAAAGAAGUGAAUUUAUACAGUAUGUAUCAUGUUUAAUGUUAUGUUUUAUGUUUCAUUAUGAUUAUGUAACAGCAAAUGGCCAUCUGAUCACCAUUUUCCCCUCAACCCACACAAACUGUCUGAACAGAGCAGGUCACUGCACAUGAUACAAACAUUGUCUGGACUAAUGUGAUUUUAUUGUCUGAUUUUUUUGUAGAAAGGUUUGUCCCAUGUUUUUACGGUUUCCUUGAAGUCUAAGCAAGCACAGACUCAAAUGUGUUAUUUAUGGAGCUUAGUUCAUUUGUUUGUGGUGGUUUGAAUAUCAAACAACGCCUCAGCAAAUCCAUCAAGUUGCAGUUACAGUUUACAUCCAUGUCUGUGAAAACAUGGGUGCUUCACACACAUCUUCCCCCCAACAGCACAGAAGAUCUACACAAUCAGCACUGUUUCAAGGUGGACACCCAAGAUGAGUGUCACAGAUUCAGUAUCUGACCAAAUGUUUCCCCUUCUCUUCCUGAGAUAUGAUGUUGAAUAAUGGCAAGAAACAUAUUUUUCGAGAACAGAUGUCACAGUGAAGUUGACUGUUGACCUUCAGAUAUAAAAUAUCAUCAUCAUUAUCAUUAUAUUUUCUAUUUAUGUGAAAUAUUUUCAUAGUUAGCAUAUGGGAAAAAUAUCCCCCCCCGCCCCAUGACAAUUGGAAGAACAGACAACCUGAAAACAUAAUUCCUCCAACUAAACCUUAGGAUUCAUGCCUAGAAGUAGGUGCUCCACUGACACAAAACAGCAUAGUAAUGACAUGUCAGUAAUAAUAUCUGUUUAUGUAAACAGGCUUUGACAGUUAGUGCAGAUUUGGAUCUAGUUGCAGGUUGAAAAUACCACAAUUUGCUCAAUGGCUAACAAAUCUAAACCUUAGUCAGUCCUUGUUUUUUUUAAUUUGCAAUGUGCACAUCAUUCAGGUAACAUUAGCAGGCUUCUCAAUUUUAUAUAUCUCUGAAAACUGCUCUCUGUGGCUGGUAGAUGACAGUAUCUGGCAGACUACAGUAUAUCAGCAGAACAAAGUGUCUUUUUUAAGUUUUUAAAAACUGGUGGGACAAAAACUACUUUUCACAGAUGCAAAACUAGAUAACCAUCCAGAUUUAUAUUUUGACAUAAUUCACUAUUUCACAUGUUUCAUACAGUUUGUGACACAUUUUAAAUAUACCUGUUCUCCUCAACUUGCUGUCACACUGCUUCGUUCCUCGUCUGUAUGCAUUGUCAGUUUGGGUAGCUACAUUUGCUCUGCUGAGCAAGCCCAAUUUCAUCUUGCUGUCCUGUUUCUUUCAUGUUUUGGUAAUCCUCUCAGAAAGAUGCCUCACAGACUUACAGGCACAGGUCUUGACCAAGGACAAGCCCCUACCAAUAAAACACAAAGGGUACAAAUAAACUGUCUUCAGGCUAGCAGUUAGCCUUUUUUCCUGGAGAACCACACCAAGUUAUAUCUUAUUAUUUCUACCAGAUGUUUGUUUUUUCUUAAAAAGGCAGACUUUCAAACUUGCUGUAGAAGAUAAUCUACAUUGUUCAGAGUGAACAUACCUGUAAGAGAAAUACUUACUUCUGCCAACAUGAACAAACAAUGUAUUGUCAUAGAAUGGUCCAUAUGAUCCUACAAAUUAGCACCCCACAAAUGACGUCAUGUCUUUAACAUACAGUUACGUAAUUAACGUAAAGUUAUAGAGGUUAGGUUUGGACAAUAAAAGUUACUGUGGUUAGGUUUAGUAAAAGAGACAUGGUGAAGACAUACCUUACAGUAGCUCAAAGUUGUUUGUGAAAACAGCCACGAACAAAUGAGAACAACAAUAUUUGGCAAAUAACCAGUCAAAUUGAUUUUGCAAUCAGCCCCACUUGGCAUCAGAUUUGUGCCAUCCGCUUUUGUUGCUAA